AUGUCUAACCAGUCCUUACAUCUGCUAUGCCGAAUAUCCACAGCGCCAUGCUUUCCAAUUUCCGCGCUAGCGCGCACCUACCCACCAUCGCAGCGCGAUCUCAACUUCUUCGCGGGCAAUCUGCUGCUGCCGCGUAAGAUCCGCCGGUUGCCCUCUCUUCUUCCCGUCGCUCUCCCUUCCCGUCGCGCUCCCUUCCCGUCGCCCUCCCUUCCCCUCUGCCUCCCUUCCCGUCGCCUUCCCUUCCCGUCGCCUACCCUUCCCGUCGCCCGCGCUUCUGUUCCGUCGCCGUCCGUUCGUCUCGUCCCCCUCCCUUCCGCUCGUCCGCUGCUCUCCCCGUCAAUUUCUCUCCCCGUCGCCCACGCGUUCCCUGUCAAUUCACUCUCCGUCGCGCUCGCUUUCCCCGUCAUUUCUCUCUCCGUCGCGCAUGCUUUCCCCGUCGCCCUGCCAUCCACUGCUCGUCGACCUCGCCUUCCCUCCCGCCUCCCUUCCCACCUCGCACACAAGUCACCCUACGUAUUCCCCCCCUACUCCCUCUUAUCCCUCCCGCUAAUAAUCGCCUUCCUUCCCCCCCCCUUCCCUUCUUCCCCAUGUCCCCUUCCCUUCUUCCCCAUGUCCCCUUCCCUUCUUCCCCAUGUCCCCUUCCCUUCUUCCCCAUGUCCCCUUCCCUUCUUCCCCAUGUCCCCUUCCCUUCUUCCCCAUGUCCCCUUCCCUUCUUCCCCAUGCCCCCUUCCCUUCUUCCCCAUGUCCCCUUCCCUUCUUCCCCAUGUCCCCUUCCCUUCUUCCCCAUGUCCCCUUCCCUUCUUCCCCAUGUCCCCUUCCCUUCUUCCCCAUGUCCCCUUCCUUUCUUCCCCAUGUCCCCUUCCCUUCUUCCCCAUGUCCCCUUCCCUGCAUCCCUGCAGGUGUGCUGGCCUAUGCCCACUCUUGUCCAUGUGCAUGCUUUUGCAUGUGCCUGCUUGUUUGCUUCAUCUCACUGCCUUGCUUUCUCCCACUGCCAUGCUUGCUCUCACUGCCAUGCUUGCUAUCACUGUCAUGCUUGCUAUCACUGCCAUGCUUGCUCUCACUGCCAUGCUUGCUUUCACUGCCAUACUUGCUAUCACUGCCAUGCUUGCUUUCACUGCCAUGCUUGCUAUCACUGCCAUGCUUGCUAUCACUGCCAUGCUUGCUAUCACUGCCAUGCUUGCUAUCACUGCCAUGCUUGCUAUCACUGCCAUGCUUGCUAUCACUGCCAUGCUUGCUAUCACUGCCAUGCUUGCUCUCACUGCCAUGCUUGCUAUCACUGCCAUGCUUGCUCUCACUGCCAUGCUUGCUCUCACUGCCAUGCUUGCUCUCACUGCCAUGCUUGCUAUCACUGCCAUGCUUGCUAUCACUGCCAUGCUUGCUAUCACUGCCAUGCUUGCUAUCACUGCCAUGCUUGCUAUCACUGCCAUGCUUGCUAUCACUGCCAUACUUGCUCUCACUGCCAUACUUGCUAUCACUGCCAUGCUUGCUCUCACUGCCAUGCUUGCUCUCACUGCCAUGCCCGCCACCCCACUUUUCUCUCCCGUCUGCUGCCACUUCUGCCAGUGCGCUCCUCGCCCUUCCUGCUGCCCAUUUAUUCCCGCCCCGCUACUUCCCCUCACCCCGCUGCGUUCAGGACAGAGUCUAUUCCCCCUCUGCUUCCCCCCUUCCCCUCCACAGUCUAGUGCACAUGUCUCACGAGCGGCGGGAACCGAACGUGACAACCCCUCCUUGCUCCCUCUCUCCCCGCCUGCCUUCCUCCCCCUCCUGCAUCCUUCGUUCCCACCCGCCUCCCUCCCUGCCCGCCUGCCUCUUUCUCUCCCCACCUGCCUCUUUCUCUACCCACCUGCCUCUUUCUCUCCCCACCUGCCUCUUUCUCUCCCCACCUGCCUCUUUCUCUCCCCACCUGCCUCUUUCUCUCCCCACCUGCCUCUUUCUCUCCCCACCUGCCUCUUUCUCUCCUCCUCUGCCUUUGCAUUGUAUGCAUAG